CAAAGCGGAGCGGAGCGGACCCUUUCCCUUCCCCUUCUUCUUCAACAAGAAAACUCGCCCACCAAAUUAUUAUUACCUUUUCUCUUUGUCCCUCUUUCCUCUUUGUUGAAGACAGAAGAACAUCGGAGGAAGACCUAGGCAGCACUUCGUAUUUUCCAGUUAAUUUAAAGCAAUGGGAGACAGUCAGUACUCUUUCUCUCUCACCACUUUCAGCCCUUCUGGGAAGCUUGUUCAGAUUGAACAUGCCUUAACAGCCGUUGCAUCUGGCCAAACAUCUUUGGGGAUUAAAGCUGCUAAUGGGGUGGUUAUUGCGACAGAGAAGAAACUACCAUCUAUCUUGGUUGAUGAAACAUCUGUGCAAAAGAUUCAGAUUUUGACCCCAAAUAUUGGCGUUGUGUACAGCGGCAUGGGCCCUGAUUUCCGUGUUUUGGUUCGAAAAAGUAGGAAGCAGGCUGAACAGUAUCAUCGACUGUAUAAAGAGCCAAUCCCUGUUACGCAACUUGUAAGGGAGACUGCCGCUGUUAUGCAGGAAUUCACUCAGUCUGGUGGUGUAAGGCCUUUUGGUGUUUCACUCCUGGUUGCUGGGUUUGAUGACAAGGGUCCACAACUGUAUCAGGUGGAUCCAUCAGGUUCAUACUUCUCCUGGAAAGCUUCAGCCAUGGGAAAGAAUGUGUCUAACGCAAAAACAUUUCUUGAAAAGAGGUACACAGAUGAUAUGGAACUGGACGAUGCUGUGCACACUGCUAUUUUGACACUGAAGGAAGGAUUUGAAGGACAAAUAUCUGGCAAAAAUAUUGAGAUUGGCAUAAUUGGUACGGACCGAAAAUUCAGAGUACUGACACCAGCGGAAAUCAAGGAUUUCCUGGAUGAAGUUGAGUAGUUUGUCUUUUAGCGAAGGGAUUGGGAAAACUAAAACUUACCGGAUUCAGUUUGCCCUGAUUUCAUUUCUUAUAAAAUGCUCUGUAUCAUGAAAGCCUACUGAUGUUCCUUUUCUGAUAUCAAGACUGUUUUAGAUGGCCUAUGCCUCUGCAUCUCCUCUUUCAGUCUUAAAACGAAGUUGAGUAGAUUGGGUACUUUUGCCAGAUUGGCUCUUUUACUUUUAAAUUAAAGCUUGGGAGUAUGUAUGGUACAGUGAUGGCCAUUCUGGCUGCCACAUUUUGGUCGCAGCAUGUUUCUAUCUGCAGUGUUAUGCUGUGAUUUUGUGAUGAGCAGUGAUUCCGUAACAAUGAGAUUGAGAGGCAACAGCAUUCUUUUGAUAGCAUUCAUAAUCUUUUUAACAAAACAGAGCUUAGACUGCUUUUUG